CGCAUAUCCUUCGCGUAUGAGCCGCGUGAGGAGUAUGUGAAGGAAGUGACCGAUGCUUAUUUGCUAUAUCCUUCACUCAUAUCUCUCUCUCUCUGUGAACACGGAGAACAACAGAUGUGGCGCUCGAUUGGGACCUAGGCUCUUAGCAACUGACCGAUGCUUAUUUGCUAUGUUUGAAAAUGUACAGGACACACACAGGCACAGACAGAGAGAUGAAUAAAGAUGAUUGAUAACAUUACAGGUUGUUUGUGUGUGGUUUAGUUUGUCCGUUACUUUCGACAACAGGUAGGUUGGUCCGAUGGCAAUGGAGCCCGAAUUUGGAAUUUCUACUCCGCGAAACCCUUCUCCGGUUAUAAAUUCAAUAAGGGAAUCUGCACAAGUCCAGUUUUGUUGUCACUACUUUUAGGACCGACCUUGAGUUUUAUGGGGUCCUAGUAUUCAUGGGUGAAUCUCUCGAGGAAUCUAAUGCUAGCAUACCAAAGCUUUGGUGUGGUAUAUGGAGACUUGAGCACUUCACCUCUUUAUGUUUUUAAAAGCACAUUCAUAGGGAAGUUGCAGAAUCACCAGGAUGAGGAUGCAAUAUUUGGUGCAUUUUCAUUAAUUUUUUGGACCCUGACGUUAAUUCCUUUGCUCAAAUAUGUGUUAUUGGUAUUGAGUGCCGAUGAUAAUGGCGAAGGUGGGACAUUUGCUCUUUACUCGCUGCUUUGCAGGCAUGCAAAGUUUAGUUUACUUCCCAAUCAACAAGCGGCUGAUGAGGAGCUGUCUGCUUACAGAUAUGGCCCCUCAAGACAGGGUCCAGGUUCUUCAUCACUGAAGAGAUUUCUUGAAAAGCACAAAAAAGUGCGGACAUCUCUACUUAUUGUGGUGUUAUUGGGGGCUUGCAUGGUCAUAGGUGAUGGUGUGAUUACUUCUGCAAUUUCAGUUCUGUCAUCAGUAUCAGGGCUUCAAGUUACUGAACAUAAGUUGACCGAAGGUGAAUUGGUAUUGCUUGCCUGUGUCAUAUUGGUUGGACUAUUUGCAUUGCAGCAUUAUGGCACUCACAGGGUAGCUUUUGUGUUUGCUCCAAUUGUUAUUAUCUGGUUGAUAUCAAUUUUUUCCGUUGGGCUGUACAACACUAUACAUUGGAACCCAAAAAUUGUACUUGCAAUUUCUCCACAUUAUAUCGUGAAGUUCUUUAGUGAGACUGGUAAAGAAGGAUGGGUUUCGCUUGGAGGGAUCCUUCUAUGCAUAACAGGUACUGAAGCUAUGUUUGCAGAUCUUGGCCACUUCACUUCCUUGUCCAUAAGGCUUGCAUUUGCAUUUGUUGUAUACCCCUGCUUGGUUGUGCAAUACAUGGGCCAGGCUGCUUUCCUGUCUAAAAAUACCUCAUCCAUUCCUAACAGCUUCUAUGACUCAAUACCUGAUGCUGUAUUUUGGCCUGUCUUCAUUAUUGCUACUCUAGCAGCUAUUGUUGGAAGUCAAGCUAUCAUCACUGCAACGUUCUCCAUUAUCAAGCAAUGCCAUGCCCUUGGUUGCUUUCCGCGAGUCAAGGUUGUGCACACCUCAAAAAAUAUUUAUGGGCAGAUAUAUAUACCAGAAAUUAACUGGAUCCUCAUGAUCAUUACUCUUGCUAUAACAAUUGGGUUCCAGGAUACAACUUUAAUUGGAAAUGCUUAUGGUCUCGCUUGCAUGACAGUUAUGUUUAUCACAACUGGUCUCAUGGGACUUGUUGGACUCUUUGUCUGGCAGAGAAACAUUAUACUAGUUACAGCAUUCCUUCUCCUUUUUGGGUUUAUUGAGGGUGUCUACCUGUCAUCUGCACUCAUAAAAGUUCCUCAAGGCGGAUGGGUCUCUCUCGUUCUUUCUUCUGUCUUUCUGGUUAUCAUGUGUGUCUGGCACUAUGGAACCCGCAAGAAGUACAACUUUGAUCUUCACAACAAAGUUCCUUUGAGAUGGAUACUUGGCCUGGGCCCUAGCCUUGGUAUUGUCCGUGUGCCUGGAAUAGGCCUCAUAUACUCAGAAUUGGCGACAGGAGUGCCUGCAAUCUUCUCUCACUUUGUGACAAACCUCCCAGCAUUCCACACCGUAUUGGUUUUUGUUUGUGUAAAAUCUGUUCAGGUACCCUAUGUCUCAUCUGAGGAACGAUUUCUUAUUGGUCGCGUAUGCCCAAGACCCUAUCGGAUGUACCGUUGCAUUGUGAGGUAUGGGUAUAAAGACAUUUCACGAGAUGAUGGAGACUUUGAGAACCAGCUUAUCCAAAGUAUAGCGGAGUUCAUCCAGAUGGAGGCUGUAGAACCAAGUUUACCGAGCUCAGACAAUGCAUCAUUUGAUGGGAGGAUGGCUGUCAUAAGCAGCACCAGAACCAUUGAAUCAAACGCAUGCCUAAUAGUAUCUGAGCAAGAGGAUUUAGCUGCGAACAACUCAAUCCAAAGUAGUAAAUCUUUAACCCUCCAGAGUUUGCGAUCGUGUUACGAUGACGAAAGCCCGCAGAUGAGGAGGCGCCAAGUGAGGUUUCAAUUGCCACAGAGGCCUGGGAUGGAUCCAUCGGUUAGAGAAGAGCUAAUGGACUUGAUCCAAGCAAAGGAAGCAGGGGUUGCUUAUAUAAUGGGGCAUUCUUACGUGAAGGCGAGGAGAACUUCAUCAUUUUUUAAAAAGUUUGUUAUUGACAUUGCAUAUUCAUUUCUUCGUAAGAAUUGCAGGGGCCCUGCUGUGGCGCUUCACAUUCCCCACAUCAGCCUUAUUGAAGUUGGCAUGACAUAUUAUGUUUAGCGGUUUGAUCAUAUUGUUGAAGGAAACUAGUCUCCACAAUGCCUUUUUGGCUAUAUUUCUUGAAAGAAAGAAAGAAAAAAGACGCAUGUUGUGGACAAAAUUUCUUUGCCAAAUGGCAGUUGCAUGGUAUCACUCUCACAAUUUAGAUGGACUCGAAGCUGCUCUACUAUUUUUUUGGCUUCUCUGUUUGAGUUGUUAUAUCUUCAUCUUCUGUAUAUAGAUAAGGCUUUGUUCACAAUAAAGGACAGUUGAAGAAGAACGGGUAUUUCCAA